AGCAGCGUUGUGUGUUGGGGGAUGGGAAUGAGUGAUGGGGUGCAAAAAAAAAAUGGUAAAAAAGAUUGGAAAGCGUCUUUCAGGGCAAAACAAGGAGUCAGAGCUACAGCUUUAAGGACCCUUCCUACCCCAUCCGUGCUUCUGUGGUCUUUAAGGCUCCUUCCAGCCCCAUGUAUUCACUCAUUUGAUCGUUCUUUGACCUUUGAGGACCUUUUCAACCCAUUCCAUCUUUCUGUGGCCUUUAAGGACCUUUUCCACCUAAUCCAUUCCAUGCCUGUAUGAUCUUCAAGGACCUCUCCAACCUCUGCAUGGAUCGCUGACCUUCAAGGACCAUCCUCACCCCUCCCUUUCCCGUUUAUGAUCUUCCAGGAUCCACCCAACCGAUUGCUCUCUGACCUUCCAGGACCUCCUGGCCCCGCCCCUCGCCCCACCCCAUUUCGUGGUUCCUGCCAAUGGCGAGUGAGGGGCGGGAUCAUGACAGGACCUAGCCAAUGGCAGAGGGACAGUGGGUGGUGAAGGGGCGGGGCCGUUGCGGGCGGACCAAUGGCGGAGAAGCGUGCUAUAGUGGGGGCGGGGCCAUCGCGGGGUGGCCAAUGGCGGAGGGCUUGGGGGCUGGGCGACCCAAUAGCGGAGUAGCGGCUUUUGGCGGGUGGGCGGAGCCUUAGCGCGGGGGCCCAAUGGCGGAGGGGAGGUGGGGCGGGGCUAUCUCGGGGUGGCCAAUGGCGGAGAGGCGGGAGGCGGGACACUUGCGGGGCGGCCCAAUGGUGUGUGGCGAAGGGGGCGGAGCUCCGGUGUUGACGGGAGAGGGGGGGGCGGCGCCGAGGAUGGCGGAGGAGCGGCGGUUCGCGGAGCUGCCGCGGGACGCGGUGCGGCGGAUGGCGGAGGGAGCGGGCGCGGAGCUGAGCGAGGAGGGGGCGGCGCUGCUGGCGGAGGACGUGUGCUACCGGCUGAGGGAGGCGGCCCAGAACAGCGCGCAGUUCCUGAAGCACACGCGGCGGCGGAAGCUGACGGUGGAGGACUUCAACCGAGCGCUGCGCUGGAGCAACGUCGAGGUGGGGGACCCCCCUCCCCUCAUUACUAGCGUAAGGGGUGACCCUAUGGAGUCUGACCCCCUGGGAAGCGAUGGGUGGCCCCACGGAGGGUGGGUGACCCCAUGGCGGGUGAUGGCUGGCCCCACAGCGGGUGACCCCCACCACAGCCCCACAUGUCCCCCCCCCCACAGGCUGCACGGCGACCAGCUGAGCGGGCUGCACCCCCAGGUGCUCUUGGCCCUCCAGAAGGUGUUGGCCGACCCCGUGCGUCCCCUCUGCUCCCACUAUGGGGCCGUGGUGGGGCUGCACGCGCUGGGCUGGAAGGUGAGAGGGCAGUGGGGGGGCUCUUUGCCCGCGCCCCCCACCCUCUCCCUCCACGAGAUGUACCGGGACCUCUACGACUUCUUCGGCGACAGCCUGGCGCUCCGUUUCGGCACCGGCGCUCUACCCCCGACCCCCCCUCAAUACCCCCCCGGGACCCCCGAAAAAGAACCCUACGGAAGCGACGCCGGGGGGGGGUCCGCCCGUAAAAUGCCGCAACUGACAGCCAGCGCCAGCCCCCCCCCGGAUGACCCCCCUCGUCCGACGCCGCAUCGCCCAUCGCCGGCGUUUCCCCGCGGGGUCCGCGGCGGUGCCGGCGCCGUGCGUCCGCCGGGUCACCGGGUGGGGGUCCGCGACGUCUUCCAGAAGUGCCGGUUCUCCCCCCGCGGACCCCCCCGCUUCGCUUUCGUCAUCGCCGGGCGGCAAACGGGACGUCGGUGUCACGGGAGACGUUUCCAGACCGUUUUCGGUCAACACCACGCGCCGGGACACGUGGCGGCGCGGUACGCGCAGAAGUUGCCGGUGAUCGGUCGCGCCGGGCGGGCGACGCGGCGCCGGGUACGGCCCGAGUACUCCCUCCUCUUCUUGUUGUAAAAGGGGCGGGGGGGAGAUUUGGGGGUCGCGGUGGCGGUAGUGCGUGAAAUUGGGGCGGUGUUGGGGGUCCCUGUGGUGGGAUGUGGUCGUGAGCCAUUGGACGCGGUCAACGUUCGGUGUUCCGUUGUUGGGUUGAAGACGUAUCCCAAAGAAUUUGGUCGUUAUUUGGUGUUCUGUUGAGGGAUGUGGUCAUGUCCAAUUGAGUUUGGUCAACGUUUGGCGUCCCAUAGUUGGGUUGAAGACAUUUCCCAUUGAAUUUCA